AUGGAUCAGAACGGCUACGCCAUCCAGUAUGGUGGUGUCAAUGGGUCAAACGGCGCAUUAUCGACGAAUGGCCCCAGAAGGAAACAAGCCAGGGUUCUCACUGUUGAUGAGGCGUUACCAUAUUCACCUUUUUCUUCUGUGGUUCCGUUCAAUUCAGAUAUAAUCCCACCCCCCUCAAUAGGUCUUCGAUCCUCAACCUCAUUAUUCUCAACCCCCACCGACCGCGAAGAAGGGCGACAGCUUUUAGAAGCUCUCAAUCGCGAUGCGCAAGAUCCUAACAACACAUCCGAAAGAUUACAGAAAUCAUUGAAUGAUCUGAAGGAGCUUCUUAAGCCAGGCAACAUUGCACAAUAUUCAUUCAAGACCUCGCCAAGUAUUACCUCCGAGCAUACUUCAAAUUCUGUUCAGCCUCAGACAUCGCUCUCCGCGUUUGCACAGAUGGUUUACGAUAGAACUUCAGUCGAAUUUAGAUACCCUUCUCCAGAGAGACCAAGUCCACCCAUCAUGACAAGUAGACCUCCACAGAAGCAGAAAGGAACUCCGAAGCUGAAGUCACAUCCAAAACCACAGCAGCCACCACAACCUAUUUCUAUUCAACGGGCAGUUUCCAACCAACAAGCAUACGACGAGAACUCCACGAUCAAAGUUGAAGCACCCACUAUUAAGGAGCCUCCUAGGUCAAAUGGACAUAUCAGUACUCCCACAAAGCUUGAACCAGAAACCCCGGCCAAGCCGAGCUCAAGCUUCUCUGUGAUAAUCCCAGGACUACCAAAGAACUUCAGUCGUACAGAAUAUACCCCUUCUAAGAGUGAGACCAAAGUCAAACCUGUGUCGCAAACCCCAAAGCAGGACCAGCCGCAAGUGCUAAUCCAGCCCAAUACACCAUCCCAGCAGCAGAGCCAUACCCCGCUAGAGCCCACACCGAAGGUUACUCCACAGCACGGAUCGCAGCUUGCACCAUCAAGUUCGAUUCCAGGACUAGCUGUGGUAAUUCCGAAUCUUCCAUCGACUUUCCGACCCGAGGACUAUGAAGUUCUACCGUCCUCUCCCGACACGCCUCAGAACUUAUCUAGGAAGCGGCGCCGUUCGGAGGUUGACGACGAAGAUGACCUCUCCCGAAGUGUUGAUCAACGACAGAAGAAUGAUGCGGCGUUCAAGAACCUUCGAGAGUAUCUCCAAGAGGUUUUCGAAGCCGAGGACCAAGUUCAACCAGACCAUGCUCCUUCGAGUGUCAUUCUCACAUCGUCCAGCGAAGGUAUCACCUUGAGCCUUGCCGCCCAGGCAAAGGUGGAGAUUCUUCUACAGCGUGUGAUUGAUGCCAGCCGCUUUUCUCAAAUCCCCCUGGACGAUUUGUUGAGAGUACAAAAACUCUGUGAAGGCGCACUGAAGGUUGCAGAGACGGUUGAUGUCAAGGUUGACGACAGUAUGGGAGAGUCAGAAGUCGAAACAUGGCUCCAGCAAAUCUCUACCGCAGAGCUUGGAAUCAAAGCAGCUCGGGUAUCAUUGAAGUUGAUGGCUGGUGGCCGUGAGGAGAAGCAACUCUAUUCGGAAGAUGUCAUACAGGCUGCCCUUAAUGCAUUCAAGAAUGCCACAGAAACCUGCUUGAUCCCGAUUGUAGAGAUGCGCAACUCUGGUCCCUCGGCAGCGGUGUUCAAGCUUUUAUCUGUUCAGAAGGCGCAUAUAAGCAGCCUCCUCUCGCAUUGCCGAAAACUCUUAUCCCUUGUUGCAAGCCUGGUGUCCACCAUCGAACUUUCCGAGACCGUCAUCAACACUCUCGAGUUCACAGCGUCGCGCUUGAUCUUUGUGGAAAACGCUCCAAGCGAGCGUGACUCGAUUGUCAAGAUUUCGAAAUUUGACAGUUUGCGAGUCGUCGCUAUGGAUGUACUCGCUCAGAUCUUCCUAUGUAAUCCGGCCCAGCGUCAAGGCAUCUUCGACGAGAUCCUGACAUCUCUGGAAAAGCUACCAGUAACAAGACAAAGCGCACGUCAAUUCAAACUCGCCGAAGGAGGAAGCAUACAACUUGUUUCUGCUCUAAUUAUGAGACUUAUCCAGACAAGUGCCUGUAAAGUCGAUGACGACAAGUCAAAUCGACGUCACAGGGCUUUGGAAGCACUGAACGGUGAUGAUAGUACGGAUGAAUUAAAGGAACCUAGUACCAGCAAAUACACUAUCACUGCAGAGCAUGAUGCGGAGAGACAGCCCGUAACCGCGAUUCAAGAACUCGCAGACGAUAUUGGCCAAUUGCUUGAUACAGCAAAGGCGAACGCAACUUACGUUGUCGCAUUUAUAGUCAACAGAGCCAUGAAGUCUACCAAAAGUGGAGAUGCUCCCUACCGUAACUUGCUCGAUCUUUUCGUGGAGGAUUUUAUUACGUGCUUGAACUCUACAGACUGGCCUGCGGCAGAGCUCAUGCUUCGAUUGUUCCUAUUCAAGAUGGUUCAGUUGGCAGAGGGCGAUAAGACUGCAGCACCCGCUAAAAAUAUGGCCCUUGAUCUUCUCGGCUUGAUGGGGGCAGCGAUUUCUGAGCUGAACUCCCAUGUCAGGAAAACUGCUAACUCACUCGAGAAUGGAGACACGGAUCUUGGUAGAUACUUAGCGAAAUUGGCCGAAGCUUCACUCGAAAAGAAGGCAUCCGGUGCGGAGCUUGUGUCCUGGGGAGCAGGCCCAUACCGUGCGUGCUUGGAGUCUCUGCAGCAUCGUUGUCGUCCUGUUAAGGAUGAUGACCCCCAGCUUCGAAGCGCGAUUGGAUUCUUCAAGGCUGAGUGGGCCUCCAAAGUCUGCAUCACAUUUGAUGCAAUCAGCGACGAUGACUACAAUCAUGAGCAAACCGAACAAGAGUACGGGCGUUUAGCUUACAGACUUCGAAUGAUGAUUUCGGACCGCAGAUGGUUAUCGACGGAAUAUAGUUUCGAAGCAGUCAGCCCGCCUCAUGCCCGCCUUGCAUACUCGAUCACCCUGCUAAACUCACAGUUCUGUGAGUCCUUCAGCAGGGUUUUCUCAAUUCUCUUAGGCUCAAUGACCAGCGAACAAGCAACAGUACGAAGUAAAAGUUUGAAGAGUGUCAAUCAGGUCCUAGAUACCGACCCGGCAAUCAUCGACAGAGAACCCGCCGUGAAGCAACGCAUUCUGAGAUGUGCAAAUGAUACGUCAGUUCAAGUUCGCGACUCUGCAUUGGGUCUCAUCGGCAAGUGUAUCAACAUUCGUCCGGCGCUUGAGGAGGAAAUGAUUACGCAUAUUCUCAGUCGAGUCAACGACAGCGGGGUGGGAGUCCGAAAGCGUGCUAUGAGACUCUCUAAAGACAUUUAUCUCAGAAACAACAAGCGUGAGGUUCGGAGUCUCAUUGCCGAUGCUCUUCUUCAUCGAGUUCAGGAUUUAGAUGAAGGGGUGCAGGAUCUUGCACGCCAGAUGAUCGAAGAAGUGUGGAUGUCACCCUUCUACCAAUCGACCACAUCGGAGAAUACAACGGCACAAUACAAGCUAGCCAUGUCUGAUCAUGUUGCACUCAUGGUAAAGACCGUCCAACGAGGAGGUGGUGUUGGAGUCGUCUUGGACAAAGUCCUUCAAAAUAUAUUGUCUGCCGACGCUAAGCUAUCAGGCGCCAACUUUCGAGUCUGUAAAGCACUCGUUGCCACCAUGUUUGAGACGAUAAUCGAUAACUCUGCGAGCGAGAGCAACGACGCACCUUCUGCCAGAGAUGCCAUGCAUAUUUUGACAAUUUUUGCCAAGUCCAAUGCCGACCUCUUCACAGCAGAGCAAGUUCAACUACUGCAGCCCUAUGUUGCCAAUGUUCGAGGUAAUGACGAUCCCCAGAUUUAUCGAUCUGUUAUAGUUAUAUUUCGCCACGUUCUUUCGCAUCUAUCCAAGGCUCACAACAACUUCCUUGCGUCUAUCAGAAAAGAACUUCUCCCCGCUGUGGCUCGUGUUGGUAAAUCAAUCCUGGACGACAUCAUUGCAUGUCUAUGGAUUAUCUCUGGAGUUCUAGGCGACUAUCGACAGCUUACAGCACUGGUAAUUUCAAGUCUUGACGGCAUAUCAAGGAUGAAGAAUACUCAAUUGGCCGACGAUCAGAUUCGAAAGCUCACCAAGCUCCUCCUGAUCACUGGCAUGUGCGGCAAGCAUUGUGACUUUGAUCCCCAGACUGCAGACUUUCGGAAGAAAUUUCCUUCCUGGAAAGAUGACUCUGUUGCCAAGUUAAUGGCAGACACCUUUGCACCUUUUGCAUCGCCAUCUCAGCCUCUAGAAGUUAGGAAGGCAGCACUUGAAGCAAUUGGGAUGGUCUGCCAAUCAUGGCCCAAGAACUUUUCUUCCGCAAAUAUAUACACCUCAUUUCUGACGGUAUUUGACGAAAAGGAAGCAGCUCUCGAAACAAUUGUCCUGAAAUCGUUCAAGGACUUUUUACUUCUCGAAGAGAAGCGCUCCGAGGCGGGCAAGGACGGCGUACCAGGAGCCGGCAUCGACUCAACAGCCAAGUUGGGUGUUAUGGGAGGUGGCCAGGGCGAUGGUAUUGCGAUUGGUAUUGCGCAACGAUUCUUACCACAUAUUGUUCGCAUUGCACUGUCCCGGCAGGAUGACCAGGGACUUCUUGCUGCUGAGGUCGUUGCCAGCAUCGCUCGACAAGGACUGGUCCACCCAAAGGAGACUGGUUCGUGUUUGAUUGCACUAGAAACUUCUCAAAACCUGAAAAUCGCCGAAAUCGCAGCCAAGGAGCAUCGUGCUCUUCAUGAGAAGCACGAGACGAUCCUGGAGAAGGAAUACAUGCGAGCGGUUCAGCUCGCAUAUGCCUACCAACGCGACAUCGUCCGGAACACUCACGGUGCAAAUAUUGAUCCCUAUGCUUCGAAACUCCACUUGAUGAUGGAUGUUCUCAAGAUCAGCAAAGUCAAGAAUCGAAAAAGGUUUUACGAAAAUCUUUGUGCGCGUAUCGAAUUCGAUCCAGCAAAGAUGGAUAUCGUAACCGAAUUACCUCAGCAUCUCGAAUUUUCCCAGUUUAUCAUCGAGAACCUCGCUUUCUUCGAGUACCAAACAGUUGAUGAACUUUUGUCUACCAUUACAGCUAUGGAAAAGGUGGUUGCAGCCCUCGGUACUGGCAUUGCGCAUUCAAUUGAGACGGAGAUCUUCCAUGUCAGCCUUGAUCAGCCUUCACAAGUGGAUGAACAUGGACAAUCUCAACCUGUACAGCCCACUGUUGAUCAGCUGCGACUGCAGCAACUGACCGCUUCGUCUAUGAUGCUCUCAAGUCUAUGGGAAGCGCGUAGCUACCUCAGACGCCAGUAUGGCCUGAAAACAAAUUUGCGCGAUGGAAAGAACAAAGCGGCCAUAAAGGAUUUGAAUCGGGCGCCAGUUAGAGCACAAGGUGUUAACGGCGAUAAGUUUUGGGAGCUUUCCGAGUCCACCAUGUCCUCUCUCGACUCUGAAGAGAGCAUGAUGAAGCAGUGCCGCGCAUUUGUGGAGUUGUUGAACGUCGACCAAGAGUUCAAGGUUGCCGCUGAGGAUGAUGAAGAGGCUGAUCAGGCUAGGGCCAGCACUCCAAGCGAGGAUGAAGGCGCGUCCGGAACUCCAGGCCCUCCAGGCAGUGGAAGAGGCAGAAAGCGAAAGGGUUCCAUCAGUACCCCCGGAAACCGCAAGAAGAGAGCACGGUCAUCGUCUGUACCAAGGGGACGUGGCAGACCAAAAGGACCUGGGAAGAAGCAAAGUGUGGAGAGAAGUGACGACGAAGGAGAUGGCUGGAACUAA